CUUACUUUUUUCCCUAUUAUUUGCCAUCCCCUAUCCACUUCCCCGAAGCUUUACUGUCGGCGGCAAAUAAACCAGCAUCAGAGAGAUUAGAAGUCAAAAAAUUCACCUGAAAUAUCAUCUUGCAAUCCAAUUCAAUUCAAGAAGCCCCCAAAUCCUUAUUCAUGGAUUCAGAAACAACCAAUUUCAGAAUUCUGAUGUUCCCAUGGUUGGCUCAUGGCCAUAUAUUUCCCUAUCUUGAGCUGUCCAAAAGACUCUUGAUCAGGAAGAACUUCCACAUAUACCUCUGCUCAACUCCCAUCAAUUUCACUUCAAUCAACGCUUUCAUUCACAACAACAACUUGUCUGAAUCCAUACAUGUGGUCCCACUCCAUUUACAGCCAUCCCAUGAACUCCCCCCACACUACCACACAACCAAGAAUCUCCCCUCAGAUCUUGUCUUCACCCUCAUCAAAGCCUUUCAGACAGCAAAAUCCAGCUUCUCAGACAUCAUCACUACCCUAAAACCGGACCUGGUCAUAUUCGAUCUCUUCCAACCUUGGGCUGCCAGACUUGCUUCUUCUCAAGGUGUUCCUGCUGUUCAUUUUGCCCCACUUGGAGCAGCCACGAGGUCGUAUACCUAUCACCACUGCCUUCGUCGUCAUCCCAGCGGCGACUUUCCGUUUCCAGAACUAUGUCUUCGCGAUGAUCGUGUGAAGAAAGGUUUGGAUGGUUUCUUUCAGUUCUUGUACUAUAAUGUCUUUGAGGAGGACGAAGAUGUCAUGCUUGUGAAUUACAGGUUGUCUACUGAUAUUGCCCUGCUUAAGACAAGUAGGGCGCUUGAAGGGAAGUAUAUAGACUAUGUUUCUGCUGUUUCCGAUAGAAAAUUACUAUCUGUUGGUCCACUUGUGGCAGAUGUUAACAAAGAUGAGGAGGAGGAGGAGAAGUAUUCAGACAUCAUGGAAUGGCUAAGUAAGAAAAAACAGCAUUCAACUGUGUACAUCUCUUUUGGGAGUGAGUACUUCUUGUCCAAGCAAGAAAUAGAGGAAAUAGCAAAAGGGCUUGAGCUUUGUGAUGCUAACUUCAUAUGGGUAAUUAGGUUCCCUCUUGGGGAGAAGGAAAUUAGUGUUGAAGAUGCACUUCCAAAGGGGUUUCUUGAAAGGGUAAAAGAGAGAGGGAUCGUCGUGUUGGGGUGGGCCCCACAGGCUAGAAUUUUAGUGCAUCAUAGUACUGCAACUUUUGUGAGCCAUUGUGGAUGGAGUUCUUUGAACGAGAGCGUAUAUUUUGGGGUUCCGGUGAUAGGUAUGCCCGUAAAACAAAAUAUGUUUAUAGAUUGUCGGAUGUUAGUAGAGGCUGGUGCUUGUGUGGAAGUGGUGAGGGAUGAAAACGGAGUGUAUAAGGGAGAGGAGAUAGCGAAGGCGAUAAAGAAAGUGGUUGUGGAGACGAGCGGAGAAGGGCUGAGGCAGAGAGCUCAGGAAUUGAGUGAGAAGAUGAAAAUGGAAGAGGAUCAAGAAUUGGAUGAAGUAGCUGAGGGUUUGUGGCAGCUUUGUCUCAAGAAUAAAGAUUAAGGAAUCCUAACUUGUAGUUCUUUGUUGUUCUUGUUGUUGUCAUAUAUUGUUAAUUUGAGUGGAUUUCUUAUUUGUUGUCAUUGGCUUGUGAAAGUAAGAAAAGAAAAAGGCAAAUUACAACUA